AUGACAUCUUCCACCGAUUCAGAUGCAAACUCCACAUUAUCCACUGAAACUAUUGCAGGAAUCGUCAUUGGAGUUGUAGGAGGCACAGCAGUGGUAGCAACUGUAUGCUUUUAUUUGCGGCGUUGGAGGAGAAGUGGAGGAAAGUUCACGAAACUUCGUAAGGGAGGGAGAGCAGUAGAUCCUGAGGAAGAAUUUGUGUCGGGGGGAUCAAACUUUAGUGUCCAUGGACGGUACGGUCACGGGCAACAACCAUCUGUAUCUCUUGAGCCUCUCCUUCUACCUUCCUCUCCGCAGACAUUGCAAGAUAUCCCGGCAGUCUCACCCCCGCAAAUAUCACUAGACUGGUCCUACCUCCCUCCCGUCCUACCCAACACAACAACAGACUACAGCCAUCUCAGCCUCUAUGACACUGACGACCCAUUCGCCCGCAUCCAGAGGGCAAUACUCCCCACAUCCGCUCCACAUCACACGCCGGUGUCUUCGCGCAGGGUGUCGCAUGAAGUACCGCUUGAACAGUACUCCAGACACACAGCCAAUAAUCUUGGGCCAAAUGCCCCGCUUUUCAUCAAUCGUAGUCUGACCCGUCACUUGGGUCCGGACUUUUUCUCAGGUCGGGCAAGCACUUCCCCGUUUUCGUCGGCAGAUCCUCCCCAAUUCAUAUCUUCUCGAACUGGAAGUGAUGCUGUUCAUUUGCUCGGAGACGCACCUCCACCUCCACCCAAGCCGCGGAUAUCAGUUCUCAGUCCACUGGUUGAGCAUGCCGCACCGAAAGACUCGCAAGAGGUAUCUCAACCCCAGACCGCAGGCGGUGAAGCUGACGCUAACAGCCCCGAAUCCAUCUAUUCACAAGAAUCCGCACCACACUCCUCCCAUCCUCCAGAACCCCAACUACCAUCCCAAUCAUCAAGGAGGGGCAGAUCAUCCCAAAGAUAUUCAAGAACACUGAAAAUAUCAGAACUAAGCCCCGUCAGGGAAGGCUCAACAUCAAAAAGUGACCCUCCCUCCCACAACACCUCAACAAGCUCAGAAAUACAAAAAAAGCCAUCCCGCACCUUCUCAGAACUCGAAAGAUCAUCUUCCCUCUCAGUCACACACUCUCACAACGCAUCCCCAAGAGCCCCCGAAUACGCUUCGUUACCCCUCCUUUCCUCCAAUAACGCAUUCGGGAAAAGCGGUUCCAGCGCAUCGACAUUAUCUCCCUCGAGCAGCCGAGCAACGAGGUAUCCUUCAUUGACACCUUCUAGUUUGACACCGUCUUCGUCUGGCUCAAAUCCUCAUUCUGAUUCAGCCACUGAGUGGCAUCGUCCACCAGCGGGCCUUAAUGCGCUUAAAGAUAUCGAGAUAUUAGAUCUCCCAAAUCCACAUGCCCCAACUCUGGAGGUCCCUCGAGUGUCCGCGCUACUUUCCUGCCAAUCGAAAACCAGGCAAGAAGCCCGAGAAAGCGCCACUCAGAGCUCGGCUGUGUGCACAUUCGCCGUGUUCCAUCCCAGAAAUUGA